CGCCGCCAUCGCCGCCGCGGGACAGGAAUAGCCGCGCCGGGCCGGCCAGUGCGAGACGAGCAGCGGCCGGCGCUGGAGCCCGCCCUGUCCGCAGUCAUGAACAGCGCCGGCAGCGAGCGAUGGCGGCCGAUGGCCAUCUCGAACCCGUCGACGCGUCUUCGCGCGGCCAGGGCGAUGCCUGCCUGGGUGCAGGCGCGCAACAACCGCUCGGCGGGGCCGCCGCCUCCGCCGCCACCGCCCGCCACAGAGCCGCCGCCGCUCGACCCGGACUACGAGGUCAUCGAGUUCCCCCAGCAGCAGUACUCCAACACGCCGGCCGCCAAGCCGACAGGAGAGGGCAAGCGAGGAGACGGUCGCCACUGCGACCUGUGCGGCUGUUCGGAACCCACGGUGCGCUGCGAGCAGUGCUCCAGCCAGGUGUUCUGCUACAGCUGCGACGACAUGUACCACAGGCACCCCAAGCGACAGACCCACCACAGGAAGCCGCUGGACCUGAAUCGCUUCAACACGUUCCGGCCGCCGCUGCCCCCUAAGGGAGAACACAGCGCCGCCCCCGUGCCGCCCCCACGUCGCAACAAGCGCCCAGGCAGUCGUACCAGCUCACCGUUGCCACACGCAGUGCACCAGGGCCCACCAUUGCCAAAGAAGGAAUUUUCUAUCAAGGAUAAAAUGGGAAGCCUAAGGAGGAUAAUGAGUACUCGACCUCUUCCUGAAACGCCAAACAACAAAGUUCAAUCGCCGAGCCCGCCGCCGCCGCCGCAGCUGGGCAGCGCGCCGCCCGAGCACGCGCGCCACCCCACGGCGGACCGGCUGGGCGCGCUGCAGCAGCGCUACCGCCAGCACCAGGCGGCCAUGCGCGCCACCACGCCCAACAUCCCGCUCACCGUCGUCGAGAUGAGCUCGGCCGACGACCGCGACCACGCCUCCUCCAGGGGCCGGCAGUCGCGCAGCUCCAGCUUCCAGGCGCCCGCGCACGCCUUCAAGGAGCCGCAGCUGCCACCGAGCCGGGACAGCGGGUACCCGGAGUGGGAGCCGGACCAGCCGUGGGGGCGCAACCGCUCGUCGAGCGUGUCGGGCUCAGAGGCGUCGCCCCGCGGCCUCGGCGCCGCCCACGGCCACGGCCACGGCCACGGCCAGCUGCGCGACGUGUCGGGCUUCGCGACGACCUCGCCGCCCGCGCCGCCCACGCCGCCGGACGGCCGCCGCGCCAACGGCUUCUUCGGCCGCAGCCUCGUCUCCAGCUCCUCCGUGUCGGACCUGCAGGGCAUGGCCAGCCCGCUGCCGCACCAGCACCCGCCAGCUUUCCACACCAUGCACCAGGCACAGUCGAUGGCGCAGCUCAACUGCCCGAGCUGCCACGGGCACGGCGUGAUGUGGAUGCCGCCGCCGCAGCAGCACAUGAUGCCGCCGCCGGGGCCCUGGAUGGACCCGUCCGUAGGAGGCUUCCAGCACGGGCGCACGGCCAGCAACCAGAGCCUGCACCAGGCCUUCGACAGCGGCGGGGGCGGCGGCGGGUUCGCGCCUUGGGGCGGCACGUGGCACCCCGGGCCGUACCCCGCGUCCGCGCUGCAGAUGCAGCUGCAGCCGCCGCCGCCGCCCUCGCCCGCGCUCAGCGCCCGCCGGCGGCCCGCGUCGCCCGCCGCCAGCCAGAAGUCGCGCCGCUCGCUGGCCGGCAGCCUGCCGCGCUCCCAGCAGCGGGCCAGGCAGCGCCGCCCCCCGCCCUCACCCUCCUCCUCCGGCAGCCUCACCGACAGCGACGAGGAGGAGGAGGGGCACCGCCACCGCGACAGCCACGACCGCGGCCGCCCGCCCCCGAGAGCCGAGGACGCCGCGGACGGCAGCGCGGAAGAGCGUGAGGACGACGAGGGGGACGGCGAGUGCCCGCGCGGCUCCGGGUCGCCGUCGCCGUCGCCGCCCCCCGCCCCCAAGCCGGUGGUGCCGCGCCACGAGUGGGCGUGCGAGCACUGCACGUUCGUGAACCGCGCGGGGACGCGCGUCUGCGCCGUCUGCUGCCGCACGCCGUCCGACAUGUCGCACACGCCUCCGCCGCCCCCGCAGCGGCGGGCGCCCGCUACGGACCGCGCGCGCACCCGGGCCGCCCCCGUCUCCUCCAAGCGGCACCUGCGGCCCAGCGACCGCUCCGACAGCGACGACACCGCCGCCGUCGCCGCCAAAUUCGGCAAACACCUGCGCAUCUCUUCCUCGUCUUCUUCGCCGCAGACCGGGAAGCGAGCGACCGCUGCCGAGUCGCGAGACACGCGCAGGGCCUCGCAGGUCGAGACCGGCAAGGAGAAAGACCGCGACAAGAAGAAAGGAAAAGAGAGGCUAUCAGAAGAAGUGCCGAAGACGUCGGAAACGUCGCAUAAACAAUCUCGCCAGGGAGAACAGAGUGACAGUGUGUCUGAAACUAAAUCUUUCCCGUCUUCCUUUUCUGACACGCAGACUGCUACCACCUCAGCAGCGACUUCCACUAACCGCAAAAAAGUGACGACGGGCACCAACACCUCUUCCGACAUCGUCGACCAUUCCUCGCUGUCCGUGUCGACGUCUUCAGUCUCUCCCCUCCCCCCUGCACUUUCUAGCGACGCCGAAGUUUCUCCCAGGCCCGACGAGCAAGCAGCAGACGUGGAAAUGGCGGAAGCGCCUCCGCAGAAGCCUUCCAAGGUGUCAACAGCAGUGGGCACCUCUCCCCCGAGGGCAGUGCCACCUGCGGCGCCAACCCCAACUUCCUCCGUGCAGACGGCGACUGCGCCAGCCCCGGAGGUCUCCGCUUCCAAGUCUGGCAAAAUGGUGACGUCGACGGGAACUUCUCCUCCUCCACAGAGCAUCUCCACUCAGACGUACGAUGUAGGUCAGAGUGUGGCCGUAACAGAGGGCAAACAGCUGACAGUUAAGAGCGAUAUCCUGUCUCCACGGAAGCUGAGGCGAGCCGCCUCUCUGCACAUGGCCACGCAGACCGCCGAAGGUCUUGACCCGUGGAUCAGCAACCUCCAGAGGUCUGUGAGCCGGCACUCAGUAACCAGUGACACGCAGAGCCUGCCUCCAGGGGUGUCCCGGGAGUCGUCUCCCCCGCUGCGCUAUAGCGGCCGCUAUAUGGACGAUGACUUGCCACUGUACCCGGAGUACGGGGGUUCGGCGUUUUACCGGCCGCAGCUGCCUCCGAUGGCCUCGACGCACCGCAGCCAGUUCGACUUGCACCGCGCUAGCCAGCAGUGGGACAUGAGGAGGCGGUCGUACGCGGAGCCUCCUCUGGGACUAGGGGCCAGCACGCUACUGAGGCAGGCAGAUUUCGCGGAUCAGCGAAAUGGAUUGCACGGAGGCAGAGCGCUGUCACAACCGCCGGAGAAGCCACUGGGCGCUGGCUACGCAGACAAGAUCACAGGCCUCACAGAACUCGUCCAGAAGCAGCGCACUGAAGCCAUGAAGAAUGAAGGCCUCGAGCUCGUCAAAUUACUCAGGGAAGCAGAGAUGCAUAACUUUACAACAGAAGAUCUCCAAGUGGCUAUGGAACACUGUGGUGAGAAAAAUCCAGUUACCUGGUUGCGUGAUAACUGGCGCAAUAUGAUUGAUACUGUAGUAACUCUGGCCACUAACUACGGGCAUGAGAGACAUGAAAAUAAUAUUGGAACAAUAUCAGCUGCUGAAGCUCGUGAUGCAUUACGAAUACAUCGAGGAAAUGUGUGGGCAGCUGUUACUGAGUGUGUAGAGCAGCGCCAGAAGAAGUAUGCCGAGCUGAUGGCACGUGGAAAUUUUACUAGGGAGGAUAUUGUAACUGUUCUAACAGCCAAUCAUGGAAAUCUAGAGGCUGCCUAUUUAGAACUUAGUAAGACACAACUGAAACCUUUCUUGAUGAGAAUUUGGGGGCCACCUGUAGGAACUGAUAAUGAAAGUGGGAAUGUUGAGGCUAGUAUGAGGGUGCCUGAUAAAAUUCCUGAGCCUGUCCUCAAGACUCACACGACAACUGAUGAAGAUGACAGUGUCUCAAUAACUGACUUUGUUGAUGCAAGGUCUGAAGUUGAUACUGAGGACAUGACUGAUGAAAGUAAAGCGGUGAGUCCAGUCAAUGAUUUAGUCCAUUCAGAGCCUCAUGCAACAUAUGAUGACACAGUUCAUAAGAUUAGUGCUGUAGCACACAAAGAAAUAAACAAAUCCAUCAAGAGAAAGUCAAAUAAGGAUGAGGACCUAAAUCAGGUAUGUGAGAAAGAUACCCCUACAGGUAAGAGAGAUCAAAACAUUCCCACCCAAAAUCAAAUGAAUAGAGAGCAGAAUAUAGAAGUAACUUCAACAUUCCAAGACAGUAUAGGAUUAGAACCUCGUAACAAUGUAGAUAACAUUCCACUCACUGCUCAGGAGGAUAACAUGAGCAACACAUUUAUUCAGCUAACAAAUGGUCUGCAAAUUGAAAGGAAUCCUAAUGACAUGUCAUCUCCUUUAUCAGAAGAUAUAAAUAAUAGUGCUGAAAUAUCAGACAUUGAUAUGAGUGCUGCAUAUUUGGAUUCUGAUUAUGAUGAGCAGGAAGUUGAAGAUACUCAAGGAACUAGCAAUAGUGAUAUAUCAGGAACAUAUCCACCACUGGAAGGAAAUGCUUUGACAAGGAUAGAUACAUUACAAAGAGAAAUGAAACAGCUUUCUUCGCUUAUCAACCAGAUGUCUGUGAAUGCCGAGGAUGGUUGUUCAGAAUUGCAGAAAGAAGACCUAGAGCAGUUGUCACUAUUGGUACGGAAAAUGUCUCGGUAUGCUGAACAAAAUAACACAGAAUCGGACAUGCUUCAGAGGGAUUUACAGCAACUGACAUCUAUAGUACAGCAGAUGACACAAAACACAACUGAUUAUGAUGAAGAAUCAAGUGAUGGUUUUGAAGAUGAAGAAGAGGAGGAGGUUGAUGUGGAGGAGUUUGAAGAGAAAGAAGAUGAGGAUGAGGAUGAGGAUGAGGAAGAGAUAGAAGGAGAGGAAAAAUUUGAUUAUGAGAUAAGAGCACAACAGAUAGAGAGGGAUAACAAAAAUGAAACUGGUGUGCUCAAACAUUACUCCCAGGAAGAAUCAAAUAAUAAGGCUCUCAACAAUGUAUCUCAACAUACCAAACAUCAAAUAUCAAACAAUCCACAUUUAAGGGCUGAGAAUGUCAGUAAAAAGCAAGAAGUUACUUCAAGGUCAGAUGUAUUGGAUCAAAGAAUAGCAUCUGAAAAUUUAGUUGGUGUAAAUAUGAGCCAUAUCACAACAAAACCAAAUGAUAGAUAUGCAAAAGAAACAGAAACGAGUGGUGGGUUUCCAGAAAAUAUUGCCAUAUUGAAUGAUGUUGGUAAGAAACCUGAGUCGCCUUUUGUAUUGGAGAAAGAAGAAGUUAAAGUAUUGGUAGAACAAACUAAAAAUGUAGACCAAAAUGAUAAUGACAAUGUUAACAAAUCAGAUUUGAGACAGUGCAGUGAAGAUGGGAAAAGUCAGCCACUGGCAGGCACUGAAUCUAGUACAAACAAUUCUGGGCCUGACAACUGUGUUAGAACAGAAAAGUCCAGUAACAACAGCAGACAAAUGAAUGAAGCAAAACCAAAGCAAGCUGUGAAUGGCAAAAUAGUAUCUAAUGUCAAUGGUAAAGUCAAGAGACAUGAUGAAGUUACAGAAAAAGGAAAAACUACAGCUAACAGAAGUAAUGUUAUCACAGUCAAAGACACAAGCAAAAGCACAGUAAAAAUAAAACCAAAACAGGAGAUAACAACUGGUGAUGAGAAGGAUCAUUUACAACUAACUGCACCCAUUACACAGCUAAAGAAAGAACCAAAACAGAGUGACUUAUUUUCACACAGUGAUAAAGAAAGUGACAUACUUAAGGAAGAAAACAAUACAUCUGAAAAUAAUAGCAUUUCUUUUGAAAAACAAAAUACUCAACAGAGCAAGGAAAAUUCAAAUGAAGCACAAUCUAUGUGGGGAGAUACAACAACUGAAAUAAAUAACAAUUCCUCAGUAAACAAAGACGCUCUUGAAGCUGUAUCAGUUUGUAACAAGAAUAUAGCUGUUGAGCAGGUGGAAGACAUUACAAAGCAGCAAAAAGCUUCUGAUCCAAAAAUAAUAUCUAUGCUAAACAAAGAUGAAAAUAUGCAAGAUCAAGAAGCACACUUGAAGGAUAUAUCAGGACAUACUCAAACAGAAGCCCUGGAUGAAAAAAAUGCUGUUGCACGCACAAGACAUGAGGCACAUGAGGCACAGAUACAGGAAAAAGAACAAACUCAACAUAACAAAAUUGAUAAAAGUGAAAACAUUUUGGAAAAUAGUGUGGAUAAACAAGAAAUAGAAAGUGCUCCCACUGAUCUGAGAAAGCCAGAGGAACCAACAAAAGGAGAGAGUAAGCAAGAAACCACUAAUGGUUGUCAGAGGAUAGAGAAAGAUGCAACAAAACCCAUACAUAUGUCAGCAGGAAAAGAAGAAAGUAACAAGACAGCCAAAUUUUCUGUGCCUGCCAGAACUAAAGCAACUGAAAACACAGCAGGAAUAGUAAAUCUGACACGUAAUGAAGAAAUAAACAUAGAGACAGAAAAAACUGAACCAACUCAACAGCAAAAAUUGGAAACAGUGAAAAGCAAAAUACCUCAAAAACAGCCAAAACCACCACAGAGGCCACAGAAAAAUAUAAUAUCAAAACCACCACAAAAACCUGUCAGGUCACAACAGACAUCAGCAAAAACACAAGUACAGACAAAGACUGUCUUGAAACCAGUUAAAAAACUUGCUCCUCAACCAAACAAACCUAAUUCAACUUUGCAGAAACAAGCAAUCAGUGACACACCAUCAAAGGCACAGCAGCAACAGAAGUCUACUGAUGAAGAGCCCAAAGAAAAUGCAAGUUUAUCAGCAAAUACAAUUAAAAUCACACCAGAAAUAAAAAAUCCUGUUAACAAUCAGAAUUUACAGAAAGUAAAUGUGCAAACACAUACAGCACAAAAGACAGAUAAUGUAAUAUCCUGUGAUAUCAAGAAUGGGAAAUCUCCUGUUAUAAAGAUAUCACUUAAAGAAAUACCAGGGUCUCAGACAUCAGCAAGUAAUGCACUGCAGACUGACACAAAAGAAUCACAAGAAGCUCCUAGAAUUACAAGUCACAGCACUGAUAACUCAGCACAGCUGAUUGAAACAGGUGAUAGAAAACCUGUAGCAGAAUCAAAGGAAAUCAAUAAGGAAAUUCAAAACAAGAAAUCCUCCACACAACCAGCAACAAAACAUGAGAACAAAAGCAAAGGAAAGAAACGACCUGCUCCACCUAUUCCUCAGAAGGCACUGCUUCAUGUUCCAUUGCAAAAAGACAGUGCCUCUUCUGCUAACACAAAUGAUAAAGAAAUGCUAAAGACCCCUCAACACGAAGAGAUCCCUCAGCAGGAAGAAUCUAUUGUAAAUAUGUCUGCUCGGUCUGAUAGCAAUUCUGAACAUGCAAGCAGCAAGUUAGGAGAACACUUACAUUCAGAACAAGAGAAACAUCACAAUGUAAGUGAUCAGCAGCUAAAUGUUGUAAGAACAGAAAAUGGCUCAGGGACAACUGAUGAGUCUAAUGAUGCUAAUGGCACACCUCUAGAUAAAAAUAAACCAGACUCUGAAAAGAAAGUUAUCAGCACAACUUACACUGGGAUAGAAGAACAUUGUUUAAGCAGUGAUGAUGAUGAGUUCAUUACAGACAAUGAAAGUGACAUAGAGAAAACAGAACCAAGAAAGAAUGACAUCCUUGAAGCUCCCCCUUUAAUAGCCUCAAAAGAAAGCCUUUCAAAUCAUGUAGGUGAGACGAUGACAAAUGUUGAUUCAAGUGACAAGGAAACCACUGCCAUUAGCAAUAACAUAAAACUUCAUUCUGGCAAUGAUACAACAGAAACAGAAGAAGAUGAAAAAACACAAGCAGAAAAAGCAAAAAUUAUAGAUAAAUUUGAAUUUGAGCGUCAGGUACGUCGCUGCCUAGCAGAAGGUCUGGUAUCAACAUAUGAGCAAGCUGAAUUGGCAGUGAAGUUGAUGGGGAUGAAAUUUGAACGAGAGGAAGCAUUAACUGCUGCAAAAGAAUGCAGAGAUCUUGAUUCUGCACUAUCAUUUCUACAACAAGAAUGUGAGCUUUGCAUGGGAAAGUAUCCAAUGAAGCAGAUGGUGUCUAUGUUGAAGUGCAUCCAUCGAUGCUGCAAGGAAUGUGCAAAAAAUUACUUCACAAUUCAGGUAACAGAUCGAAGCAUUGCAGAUGCAGUUUGUCCUUUUUGCAAGGAACCAGAAUUGAAUGCUGAUGAUGAAGAGGAAGCAUUGGAAUAUUUCAGUAAUCUUGAUAUUCUCCUUAAAAGUUUCCUUGAUGAACCUGUGCAUGAACUUUUUCAGAGAAAGUUACGUGACCGCACUCUAAUGAAGGAUCCAAACUUCAAAUGGUGUGUGAAGUGUUCGUCUGGCUUCAUAGCCAAUCCCCGUCAAAAGCGACUGGUUUGUCCGGACUGUCGAUCUGUAACAUGUGCCUCAUGCAGAAGACCUUGGGAGGUCCAGCAUGAGGGCCUAAGCUGCAAAGAGUUUGCUGAAUGGAAGGAGGCUAAUGACCCAGAGUACCAGGCAGCAGGACUGGCACGCCAUCUGGCAGAGCAUGGAAUUGACUGCCCCAAGUGUCACUUCCGUUUCUCAUUAGCACGUGGUGGAUGCAUGCACUUCACCUGCUCACAGUGCAAGUACGAAUUCUGUUGUGGCUGUGGGAAACCUUUCCUCAUGGGUGCCAAAUGUGGGCUGACUGAAUACUGUGCUAAGCUGGGUUUACAUGCCCAUCAUCCUCGUAACUGCCUGUUUUAUCUUCGCGACAAAGAACCAGGAGAUCUUCAGAAGCUGUUGCAGGAGCACAACUUGGCAUUUGAUACAGAAGUUCCUGAUGUCGUCAAAGAGCAAAUGAAAGACAAUACAGCCCUUAAGUGCCUUGUUCAACUACAGAAAGAAACACCAGGAGGACUUAUUGACACUGUCUGCAAUGGAGAUGUUUCAGAAGGACAGGCAGGAUUGUGCAGGCCGCACUACAUAGAAUAUCUAGUUGGGCUGGUAGUACGCAACAAGGUGGAUCCUGUAUCGAUAUUUGAUGUGGUCGACGUGGUGCAAGAACUCCGGCGCAGGGGGAAGCCUCUGCCGCCAAGAGCUGAAGGUGCAACAGACAACCAGUACCGACAACUGUGUGCAAAGAUCAUCCAGGAAGAAAUUCCACUAGAAUGAAGAGAGCAAAUGCUGUUUGCUGGGGACAUGGAUCAAGAAGAGAAGCAGCAUUUGAACAUCAGAGCAACUUUAUACAGUUUUUAUAUUUUAUACAUAGAUAUAGUUUCAUAAAAUUCAGUAUUUGUUGAACUGAGAAGUAUUCAGUGUAUGGUACGCUUUCAGAAAACAGUAAAAUAAAAAAUUAAUCUUUA